CCAGUGACGUUCCAUUGCGGAAGUACUGCUUGGAAGCUUCAGCCAUGCACCGGAGAGGGGUGGGCGCGGGGGCGAUAGCCAAGAAGAAGCUGGCGGAGGCCAAGUACAAGGAGCGGGGAACUGUCUUGGCUGAGGAUCAGCUGGCUCAGAUGUCAAAGCAGCUGGAGAUGUUUAAAACCAAUCUGGAAGAGUUUGCCAGUAAACACAAGCAAGAGAUUCGUAAAAAUCCGCAAUUCAGGGUCCAGUUCCAAGACAUGUGUGCCACAAUUGGCGUGGACCCUUUAGCAUCUGGCAAGGGAUUCUGGUCGGAAAUGCUGGGCGUCGGAGACUUUUACUAUGAACUUGGUGUUCAGAUAGUUGAAGUUUGUUUAGCUCUGAAGCACCACAAUGGAGGUCUAAUAAUGUUGGCUGAGCUUCAUCAACAGGUUUUGAAGGGAAGAGGAAAGCUUGCUCAGGAUGUUAGUCAGGAUGAUGUCAUCAGAGCUAUCAAGAAACUAAAGGUCCUUGGCAGCGGGUUUGGCAUUAUCCCUGUGGGUGGCUCUUACCUGGUGCAGUCGGUUCCCGCAGAGCUUAACAUGGAUCACACGGUCGUACUGCAGCUGGCAGAGAAAAAAGGUUAUGUAACAGUUGGUGAAAUUAAAUCAAGCCUGAAUUGGGAGACAGAAAGAGCCAAACAUGUGUUGGAGCAUUUGCUGAAGGAAGGAUUGGCCUGGUUGGAUUUGCAAGCAACAGGGGAGGCAGAGUACUGGCUGCCAGCUCUCUACACUGAACUUUAUUCCCAACAAAUUACUCUCGACGAGACAAAGGGUAGUACUUCUUGACUCUUCAGAAGCAGGACGAAAUCAAUGCUACCUCAGACUGAUCUGUCAAACACAAUGCCUCUGAGGGAAAAAUGUAUUUUCUUCUGCCAGGUUACCAACUGUAAGGACUUGGAGAUAUAUUUUUGAUAUUUUUCUCUUUGGCUCUUCGUUAAGAUAAAGACACAAAACCAACAACCCCCCCCCCCCUUUUCUAGUGUAACCUCCUCCAUUCUUUAGUUCCAUGCACCUUUAAAGUGGUCCUCCAGCUUUUAUAAGUAAGUGAGGUGAGCCCCACAAGAGCCGAGGUUUCAUUUUCCGAUCCGCUCUAGCCAUGCAUUUGUACAUUCGCAGAAUCAUUGUACGUUCUGUUUGUUUUGCUCAAAUCUUCGGCAAGGAGCUCCCAAUGAAGUGAAUAUUGCAGAGUAAUUGUAGCUCUUAAUAAACAUGGUGAGUACCU